UUGUGUGUGUGUGUGAGGAGGGAGUGCCUGCUGGCAGCAGACACACUCUGACGUCCUGUUUCUCAGACUUGAGGAGAAGAAAGAGCACAACAGCUCUCUGAAAACUGUCAGCGUUCUGUAACUUCUUCCCGCUUCCUUCCGUCCUCUGUCCGGAUGACUGCGUGAGAAGUCAUGGAGAGCUCUGUGGAAGCUUCCCGGACUCCAGGCGGGCCGAAGCCUGCGCUGGCUCCCAAACCUCUGCUGGCUCCGAAGCCCUUCUCACUGCAGAAGAAUACUGCCAUUCGCUCCAUCCACGCUCCGAGGACUAACCCCGCUCCUAAGACAGCAGCUCCACAGCUUAGAGAGCAGACUGCACCAACAGGCUCCAAAGCCCCGGCUGUUAAAAAACCACUGCCUCAACAAGCCUCUGUGAGUCAGGUCACCAAAUACUCAACGGCUGAAGAGACCCCUGAUUCCAAAGCUGAAAAACCUCAUCCAGCACCAGUAAGCGCUCCACUCAAGCCCACGUCUGUGCUGGCCCCGACAGAAGAUUUUAUCAAAGGAGAUCAUGGAACCACCACAGUGACUGAGACCACCUCCAAACCAAAAGAUGUGCAAACCACCAAUGAGACAAAAAGAAGCUCUGAGACAAGUGCUGUGAUGAAGGAGCUGGGUCCUUCAAAGAAAUCUGGCGAGCAAGACGUGGACCAGUCAGGCAACCAUGAUUCCUCCUCUUCUGAAUCAGCCUUCACAUGGGGGGGCUCCAGGAAGCGUCUGUCGAUGCACCUCACCUCAAAGUUUGAGUCAGGUGGUGCACCUGCACCCACUAAAAUCACCAGCAAAGAUGCAUCCCGGACGGUCCCCACCGGCCAGACAAACCAGAGCGGUGCAACACCAGAGACGAAAGAAAUUGACAAGGAGGAAACUGAGGGAGGGGGCAGCAUAAAACGCAGGAUCAGUCUCCUGUUUGACUCCUCGUCAAGGCCGGAGGUUGCCACCAAGAGAGAGGAGCCAGAUAUCGUCAACGGAGGAGGAGGGGUGAAGGAGAGGAUCAAAAACUGGACCUCUGAGUCGAAUCCAGACGCUCCAAAGACUGAGAAAAGGCCUCCAGUGGUACCUCGAACUCCCAAAAGUGAUGAAUCCCCGUCUGCACCGAUGAUAGAGGGAACAACUCCACCUGUCAAGUCCGAACCAGAGAACGGGCAGCCGUCUGCUGUUUUGGAGGUAGACAAGGACAGCUCACAAGCCAAGACACGAGAUGCUCCACCGGAGAAAGAGUCCACUGAGCAGCGAGAAGAAUCCAAUAAUGACUCAUCAGACUUCAAAGUCCGACUACGAUCUCAAAGCCUGCCCGAUGAAGGGGUCGCCAAGGCUCCAAAGAGGGACAAUGUCAAACGGCGGUCUGUCCGCUUUGGUGUCGUGGAACGAGAUGAUGGAGGACCGCCCAUUAUUCUGGGCUCAGGGUCGGACUCAAGCAGUGACGAGGACGAGGCACCGGGUGAGGAAUCAAAGGAGGAGAUUUCAGUGCCUUCAUAUAGACAGAUGGGAAUUCUCCACAGCAACGACAAUGAGCUUAGAAACCAAGAGGACGAACAGAUGAAACACAUGGAGUUCGAGAAACGACGGAAAGUGGAGGAGACAGUUAGGCCAGAAGAUAAGGGGAAACCGAUAAUGUCAGAGUGGGAGAUGGAAAGAGCGAAAGAGGAAGAGAGCGAACAGAAACGACUGAGGGAAGAAGAGAUAGAGACAGAGAGACAAACCGAGCUGAUGUUGCAUAGACACCGACAGCAGGAUCCGGAAAAAGCUAAAGAGGAAGUUGAAAAACUUCAGAGUCAGAAGGAACAGGAAAGAGUGAAGGAGCUGGAGAAGGAAGAGAAACACAGGGAGUCCAGGUGGAGGCCAAGGCACGAAGGAGAAGAAAGAGAGAUUCAUGAAGAAGUUUCAGUACAUGGAAAACUACGGGCAGCUGAAAUGCACGAAGAGAGGAAAAGAGAGGAGGAAUGGGAAAAAGAAUGGGUCAAUAAAACAGGGACGCCUACAGUGGACGAGUUGGACGAGUUGGGAGACAUGGAAUGGACGAGGGAGAAAGAAAGACUGAGAGAGGUGGCUGGGGAAAGAGAGAGGAGGGCGGAAAAGCAGAUGGAGGAGGAAAGGAAAAGAAUGGAACUCCAAAGAAAGAUGCGGGAAGAGGAACAAGAAAGGAAUAGAAAAAUGGAAAUAGAACUGGAAAGAGAGAAAGAGGAACAGAGGAAAGAAGCAGAAAGAGAAAGACAGAUGGAGUUGGAUAGACUGAGGGACAUGCAGAGAAAAGAACAGGAGAGAGCAAGAGAAGAAGAGAUGGAAAGACAGAGGGAUGCCCAGCGGAGAGAAGAGCAGAGAGCAAGAGAAGAAGAAAUAGAAAGAAAGAGGGAGGCUCUAAGGAGAGAACAGGAGAGGGCAAGAGAAGAAGAGAUGGAAAGGCAGAGGGAUGCUCAGAGGAGAGAAGAGCAGAGAGCAAGGGAAGAAGAGAUGGAAAGACAGAGGGAGGCUUUAAGGAGAGAACAGGAGAGAGCAAGAGAAGAAGAGAUGGAAAGACAGAGGGAGGCUUUAAGGAGAGAACAGGAGAGAGCAAGAGAAGAAGAGAUGGAAAGACAGAGGGAGGCUCAAAGGAGAGAACAAGAGAGGGCAAGAGAGGAGGAGAAAGAAAGAAUGGAAUAUGAUGGGACGAAGAAAGAAGAUCUGGAAAAAUUGCAUGCAGAAGAACUGAAGCAGAGGAUGGAAGCAGAAAGAAAUUUGAGGGAUGAAGAGAGGCAAAGGAACCAAAGUCUCAUCAACUUUGACUCUGAAGAUAUUCCCCAACACUCAACAACAGGAGGAUGCCCUGUCUCUCCAGAAGGUCAGAUCGAAGUAGUAUACGAUGACUUCUCUGUCAAGAAACCUCUGAUUGAGGUCGACUUUGAUGACUUCUCUGUGAAACCAGUGAAAUGGGGUUCACAUACAAAAAUGGAAUCCAGUCCUGUCGAGAGGAAGCCAUUGAUCUCGUGGGAUGAGGUGCUUGUGGAGGAGAUUCCAACCUCAACAAUCAUUCAGCCCCAAGUUACAGUGCAGGAGAAGGUGAAGGAGGUCAUCCCUGAUCCCACUCCUGCUCAUGAGUUCCCUCUGGAGUCAGAUACGAAGCCUGAAAACAAAGAGACAGAGGAAGGCGAUGGAGUGAAGACAGAUGGGGAACUCAUAUUCUCCAUGGAGAUGGAGGAAAAGGAGCAGGGAGAGUCACAUGAUGAUGAAGGCCACGAUGUCCUCACACCAGAGGCCGAAGUGGGCCGCACAGAUGUUGACGACGAAGACACAGAUGUGUUGAUUGAGCCAGAAGAAGAGAGUGGUGACGAUGAACAGACGACUGAAGCUGACGGUUCUACACCUGCCACUGAGGAACUACCAGAGGAACCCACAGAGGAAGACAGUCCAGAUCUUUACACAGAACCAGAAGUGACUCCUUUCCCAGAGCCCUCAGUCCCGCUCCUGGAUACCAGCGCUCAGAGGUCAAAAGCCAGCCUGAGUAGGAGGAGGAGUCGAAAACGACCAUCACGCUCCCAACGUCUGGUGGUGGCUCCAACUGAGAACCAGGACUGGAGGACUUGUGACUCAACCGCCAUCUCAUCCAAGCAGAGAGAUUCAGAUACAGAAGACGAACCGUCUCCAGCGAAGAUGGUGGCCUCGCCCCCCACCUCUCAGAGAGUCCCCAUGUUCCCUGGCAUGAGCCCUGCAGCCUUAAUUGCUCAAUUAAAAAAGAGGGGGCCGGGAGGCACCGAAGCUAAAGAAGACGAACCAGAAGAAGGGAGGGAAGCGAGUUCUGUUGAGGAGGCUGCCCCCUCUCCCUCGGUGUUAUCCCGAUCUCCUCGCUCGGCCGCUCAGAUGGCAGGAGCCGCGAGAGUCCUGCCGCCGAUCGGUGGAAAGGAAGGAAGCAGUGCUGCCUCACCUGCCUGGCUGAAAGAACUGAAGUCGAAGAAGAGACUGAGUCAACAUGAAGGUGUAUAGCAGGAGGCAGGCCAUGCGACUGAGCAAGAAUCCAUCCUCAGGAGAUUGUUGUGUCUCACUUCGCUCGUGGCGUUUUGCACUUCAAGGGCCCGUUUUGGACCUUUAAUGGCGGGAAGAGAGACCUGCAGAUCAGCCCACUGAGACCAUGUCCAAGUCUUGUACAUAUUUGUAACAUCAAAUCCAUUUUCCGAAUGUAUGUCCUGCCAUCUUGCCUUCUCUGGUUUUAUAAGAUCAUCCCGAUGACACUAGAAUUUAAAUGGAAAAUACUAUGCAAAGCACAGAUUUAUAUUUGUACAUCGUAUUUUGGGUACUCAUGGGGAUAUAGGGAAUAGUUUAACAUUCUCGUUGUACAGUGAUAUUAACAUUGCGAAGCUUCGCCAGUGAACUUACUUAGCACUUUAAAACAUCACGCAUUUUCUGUUUCUAACUGCAGUCACAGGGAACGAGGGAAUCAGAGCUUUUAUGUUACAGAUGCCUUUUUAUGAGCGAUAGAUUCAUAGUUAUGUUUCAUGAGAUGAAGUGAGGAUGAGGAGUGAGUGUUUGCUGACCUGUGUUGAGUGUCAAAGUGCCUCUGAAUUAAUGGGUAACUCCUGAGUGAUCAGAAAUGAUUGAUAAAUGGAAUAUAUGGGAAUUUUUAUUAAAUCAUUUUCUAUCGUCUGACCUUCAUUCUUCAUCACAUUUGAUUUACUCUAUGCUAUUAAAGCAAAAUCUUUUUUUUUUACUCUUUUGGUUGUCUGUACGGAUCUCCUCCCAGAAUUAUGAGCCCAAAGUGGGGGCUGCUCACAGAUUCACUGAAUGUCUGCAUCUGUUUGAAACACCGGAAAUGUAAUUUAAAGUACACACUGCCAACUUUGAUGUAU